CGCGUAACCGUGAAGGUGAAGGAGAGCGAAGGGGAGCGAAAAGGAGCGUCAUGGCCGCUGUGAGAGCUGCAGGGUCCAACCUCGCCAGAAACCUUCGGGAGCUUCGUCUGCAUUUGUGUCAGACAUCAGCUGCUAGUCAGGGAGCGAGGGAUUUUGUUGAAAAGCAAUAUGUGACAUUAAAGAAGGCAAACCCUGAGUUUCCCAUUCUGAUCCGGGAGUGCUCUGGUGUCCAGCCCAAGCUGUGGGCCCGCUACGCGUUUGGUAAAGAGCAAAGUGUCGCCCUGGACAACAUGAGUGCAGAGCAGGUGGCCAGAGCUCUGGAGAAACUAGCCAGUGUGAAGGCCUGACCGCUCUGCCCCAAGUCAUCGUUCCUGUCUGUGUGGACUCGCCUGCCAGCUCCUGGCCACACAGUGCAGGACUGAAACCCUGUUAGUAAGAACAUGGCUGUAAUUGUUGUGCAUGAGUGUGCAUUCUGGCUACAAAGCUUACGUGCUGAACUGUUCUCCAACUCUGGAAGAAUGUUUUUGUACUUAAUUGAAAGUGUAUCAGGGCAGUGGUAGCUCAGUGGUGUUUGAUUUGUAAUCCAAGGAUUGCUGGUUCAAAGCUACUGCUGGGCCCCUGAGCAAGCCCCUUAACUCUCAAUUGCUCAAGUUGUACUUGCUCAUAAUUGUAGGUUGCUUUGGAUAAAAGUGUCAGCUGAAUGUAUCUGUGAAUGUCUUUUAUUUGGUGCAUGUGUUUAAUUUUUUCACCUCAUGUAAACCCACAUCAUUAAUGAAUUGCAUCUCUCUGAUUCAGUUCAUUAAUUCAUUAAGCCAAAUACAGUGUACAUGUCCUUUUUAAAGUUGAUAAGAUUAAUUUAUUUAUCCUAUUAUUUGAGGCAAACAGACCAAUGCAAAUUCCUGCUGUGUAAUUAAUGUACCUGUAAGAGAAAACAGAGGCCUGUGUUGUAUGAAUGAUCCAUGUUGUGUGGGCGUACAGUGAUGUCCCUCUAAACCUGCAACAGGCGUC